AUGCCAAAUUUGACAGGCAAAGGUCUACACAACGGGCCAUCAAACUUAUCAGGCUCGGGUCAUUCUAGUGUCGGAAACCCCAGUAUCUACGAGGCAGGCGAUCAGCGCAACGUCCCUGUGUCCGAGCUCCAAGAGCGCGCCCGUUAUGCAGAGGGCAUGCCCCAUAGCCACAAGAAUCUUGAUCCGAAAGAUGGCCGCUCCAUUGCCAACAAACUUGCUUCCCAGGAGAACAAGCCCAACUCCUCCCAGCACCACAACGAGUACGAUGCCGAGGCUGAGUUGAGCAAGCAAGAUCCAACCAAGCCCGCUAAGUUGCAUGGCAAUGCUCCCUCCAAGGGUGCUAAGAUUGAUGCUGAGCUUAAGGCUGAUGAUGAGCAGCGUCUGAAAGACAAGGGGAUCAAGCACUAA